AUGAAUUUCCUUUCGGGGGGUAUCUACCUCGGCCAUUUCAUUUCCGAAGUUGAAGGAACUGAAAGCAUCUUUCGAGGCACGGCCUGGCCCGCUAGCAAAGUCAAAACACGCCAAUCUAUCCUCAUUCACACGAUGUCUGUCGCUGAUGAGCAAAGUACGAGGACAGAGGAGAAAUACCGUCCCCUCGACAUCCCUAAAAACGAGAUCCGUUUACUUUCCUUUGAUACCACUUCCGAAGAUACCUCUGUACGGCUCAGUCUACAAUGCGUAUCCCUGAACGAUUUGAUGCCCGAAUAUAUUGCGUUUUGCGGCCAGAAUACGUCGAAUGAUAGCUCACAGCUCUCUGAAGCCUGGAGGGAAAAAGUCAAAUUCACUCUUGACACGCCCCAACGCGAGAUCUACGAAGCCACCGCAAGGUUUAUUGGGGGUGACUAUAUAUGCUUGAGCUAUACAUGGGGAGAUCACAAAAUGGAGAAGGCCACACUCUUUCUAGACGGCGUCGCAACAGCUGUGAGCAAGCAUCUAGAAGCAGCUCUGCGAGACCUGCGAUCGAGCUUCGAGUGCCAACUUGGCAUGAAAGUCUGGGCCGACGCUCUAUUUAUUAAUCAAGCCGAUAUUGUUGACCUGAAAACCAGGUCCUGCGUGUGA